GGCACCCAUGGCAAAGUCUAGGUCAAACUCAUGACUCACUGGUCCUGUUCGUGAGUUAGGGAGCUAUUUUCCAUGGUACUGUAGUUUCAAGGGUCCGCCUUUCGGGUUCUGGCUGGGUCUCGGGACGGCAUCUCGCACGCCGCGCUGGCCUGUGAGCGUGACUUCGGCUUUCCCGCUUCGCCCGUUUGCCACUCGGAUCGUCCUCCCUUCACGGCAACCCACUUCCGUCGGUAGUUUUUCGCGACCGCCUUUCGCUUUCACCAACCAUACUUUUGCUGUCACUUCGCCAUUUCCCCUUAUUUUUCUCGCAAACGCUACUUAUAUAACGGAGGAGCAGUUCCGUUGGUUAACUCCCUCUGGGGCGAGCGGGGGGGAUAAGAGAGUCCCAGGAAGGGCGCGGUGUGGGAGGAAGGGAGCAAAUCUGAAUUGACUCAGAUACAGAGAGUAGCGGCAAUACAGGGAGUAACGGCACGCGGAAAAAAAAGGAAAAAAAAACGGCACGCAUUAAAAAGUUACGGCACGAUGCAGUCGAAUUCUAUGAACGAUGCGGCCAUCACGGCGAAGGAGGACGCCGCUAAGGAGCUCGCGAAGCUGCUGCCGCUCCCGGAAAACCUGGUCAACCUGGCCGCGCUGCGCGUCGACUACGCGCAACGGCAGCAGGCCAACGACGCUCAGCUCAGCAGCAGCGUGACAGCGCAGGUGGAGCAAGCGCGCAGUGGAAUCGAGGCGCUGGCAGCAGCACAGGAGACCAUCGCUCGACUGCAGCAAAACUUUGUCAUCAUUGAGAAUCUGUGUGCGGAGUGCGACACCUUGAUUCAGAACCACGAUCAGAUCAAGCAGCUCAACAUCGUGCGCAACAACCUCAACAAGACCCUCAAGGAUGCGGAGGGCAUGCUAUCCAUAUCAACGGAGGCCAGCGAGGCCAGGGCGUCGCUCAAUGACGAGCGUGAGCUCGUCAAGUCGUACGAGCGCCUCACUGCUCUGGAAGGCAAGCGUCGUUUCGCCCUGGCUGCUGCUCAGAGACGACCGGAAGAGGCUGGUAGACUGAGGGAGUACUUUGAGGAUGUGAACCGCACGAAGCAGCGGUUUGAGGAGACGCUGUGGCGCUACAUCCGCGAGUUCUUCAAGCACGCCAAGACCCGCCCGCAGACGCUCGUGCAAGCUGUCAGGGUGGUGGAGAUGCAGGAGAUCCUGGACGAGGAGAGCGAGCGAGAGCACAAGGACCGGGAGGGCGAAGAGGACGACGAGGACGACGAGUACGGGCGGCAGGACGAGCGCAACGGUCACAUAGAGGGCGCGGGGUACAAGGACAUGUGCUACCAGCAGAUCCAGCUGGGGGUGGACGACCGCUUUCAUGAGCUGCUCAACAAGCUGGUGUACGAGGACCUUAAGAAGGCUCUGGAGGAAGCCACUCUGCUCGUGGACGACCUUGCUGACGUGCACAAAUACGUGGCUCCCUGCUUCCCACCCCGGUACGAGGUGUUCCAGGUGAUUGUGCAGCUGUACACGCAGCACUUCGUGACCAUGCUGCACAAGCUGGGCGACAGGGCCAAGGACAUUGACAACAUCGACAUCCUCAAGCUGGUGGGGUGGAUCAACACGUGUGAGGCGAAGAUGGGGCAGCUGGGCGUGGAGGACAGCGUGUCCAUGCUGCUGUCGGAGAGCGGUGCGCUGGACCCGCUCAUCGACGAGUACGCCGAGCGCAUGUCGGAAACCAUGAAGGGCUGGCUCAAGAACAUCCUCGAGUUCGACAAGAGCAACCCUCCGAACGGCGACGAGGGGCCGCUGUACACGCCGGUGGCGGUGGACAUGUUCCGACUGCUGUCGGAGCAGGUGCAGCAGGUGCAGGAGAACAGCAACUCGCUCAUGCUCUUCAAGACCGCGCAGGCCAUCGUGGAGCUGAUCCUGGACUUCCAGGAGGAGGAGAUCAAGUGGCUCAAGCAGCCUGUCGACACCAUCGGGCUCGAAACACUCUGUGCCAUGGUGAACAACAACGUGCGGUGCCAUGACCUGUCUGUGGAGCUGGGCAACACCAUCGUGGAGGCUCUUGAACAGAAGCACGCAGAGCUGAUCGACUUCCAGAAGCCGUGCUCCGGGUUUCUUGAGGUGGCAAAGGAAGCGGCCAACCAGGCGGUGGAGUUCAUGUUCCUCGAGUCCCUCAAGGACGUCGUCGCCAAGCUCUACCAGAAAGAGUGGUUGGAGGGCAACGUGACUCAGACGUUCAUCGCUACUCUCGAGGACUACUUCCAGGAUAUCAACAGGUGGAUUGAGGACCGCUCGUUCCGUCGCUUUGCGGAGGUGUGCCUGGAGCGCACCGUGGUGGUGUACGUGGACCUGCUCAUGCAGUCGCGCCAGAGCAUAACAGAGGUGACCAUCAGUCAGAUGCAGAAAGACGAGGAGAGCAUUAGGGAGUUCUUCCAGGAGUACAUCUCGCAGCAGAAACUGGACAAGCGAGUGCUGCCGUUGGCGGACCUGCGGUCGCUGGCAGCAUCAGAUGACGCGGAGACGUUCACUCUCAACUACACGCAGCUGCUCUCCAACACGUCUGACUGCCCGCCCGAGGUGGUGGAGAAGGUGGUGAACCUGCGCGAGGGCAUUCCCAAGAAGGCCGCCAAGGAGGUGGUGCAAGAGUGUCGGGAGAUGUGGGAGCAGCACAUCGAGUCCAAUGGCACUCCUACUGCCGGACUGCUCUACAGCCGGCUCACCAACCUGCCCAGGAAGUAGCUCUAGCUCUGUCCAUUCAUUGGUGGAGGCUGUGGAUGACAUUCCGAGACUCACCUCACCAACCUGCCCAAAAAUUAGCCCUCUGCUGCUGCUGAAGCCGCGGCUGUUGAUUGAUCAUAGGAGCAUUAUGAGGAUCAUGACAGUCCUGCUGCCAUGCUGGUACAUGCUGCUGAAUGUUGUGACCGGCAGUGCUUGAUUAGAAAUGUACUUGCACUCCAGAAUUUUGCCGCGCAUAGGUGGUGGUGGUGAGCUUCUGUGCACGUGAGGCUGCCCGCUGCUGCUGUUGUGCGGCUAUCCCCCAUAGAUGUCAGCACAACCUUUUUUCUUGCCUUCGUAUUCCAGUUUCUUCUUUCACAAUGAUGUGUGGACAUAUGUGAAUGAUGAUUCAGACGGU